AGCGGUCUUCAGCUAAAUGGAAAAAACUGGAAUUCAUCUGAAUCCCUCGGGAAGCAUUUAAACAGUAUAAUUUUAUUUUACACCAUCUGAAGUCUGUAUAGCAAUAUGUGUCUCUUCUAUCCUUUAGGAGGCAUGCUAAGUGGACAUACUGGACAUCCUUCCAGCACACGUCAGGUCACAGGUCAGAGUGUUGACCAGGACAGACAAAUUGGACAACUUUCAAGAGUCCUCGGGCAUGUUGGCACCAGACACACACAAGAUGCAGAGCAUAUGCAGGCAUUACGCAGGAUGUUGGUCAGACACAUAAUGAAGGAAGAGGCAAGCCCUGAUGGGACCACAGUGAUGGUGAAGGAUGACAAGAAAUAUGAACACUACAUCCAGCAUGGUUUUAACCUGGAGUCUCUCGCUCCAUUGCAAGACUCAUGGGUGGAAAAUAUUUUGAGAAGAGUGUCCUGCGAUUUGAAGCAGUGGACUGCUGUGUUACCGCCGCUGAUUAAUGAGACAAAAGAUGAUUACAUACGCAGUGUGAAGACAGCGAAAGUUAAUUAUAUAUUAAGAGGCAUACCAGAAAAUACAGAGGACAAAGUGAAAAGCCUACUGCCCCACAGAGCCGAGAUUGCAGUCAUGCCAAAACCGUGGAAUAAAUCCUUUCUCCAGGCCAAAAUGAAGAUCAGAGAUAAUCUUCACGGUAUCAGCCCAAUUAUGCAGCAGGCACUGAACCUCUGGCAGGUGUCUUUCAAGCAGCUGCAUCUGGUAGAUGUAGAGGAGUUCCAUAACAGGGACAAGUCCAUGGAGCUUCAUGUAUUUCAGCAAAUUAUCACAAGACACAUCGAUAAUGCCAUAAACAUCCUUCUCAAUCAGUGGGUUCCAGAGGUGACAAAUAUUUGUUUUUCUGGAAUCAAACGUAAGGUGGUGCCCGUUGAAAAUAUCACAAAACUGCAGUCUUUCUUGAACUGUUUGGCUGGACUGAUGACACACCAGCUGCAGGGCCUAGCAAUAGACUCCAUGCAAGACUAUACACAGCUAAUUUCCAAAGAACAGCACCCAGGAUUUGUGUUACAUCUCAUCCUGGAAGAUGGUGAGAUCAAGAUUAAGCCUGACUUCAAAAUGGUUGAGGAAGCCCUUCUUAAUGUCUGUGACUCCAUGCUGAAGUGCGUCAGUGUGGUGCCACGUGUAGACACUAAGGUCUUCCCUGAUUUGUCAAGUGGGGAGUCAGGUAGCACCCUGAAGCCUAUCAUCCUGCCAGAGAUCCUGCAGCUUCAGCAGGAAGAGAUACGCAGGGUUAUCUGGAAUGAGUCCAUCAAGACUAAGGAUUACAUCCAUCAGUACAAUAAAUAUGCCGCACUAGUGUCGGGACGUGCAGAGGAAGAUGUUGAGCAGUUCCUCCAUAAGCAGCAUUCAUUCCAGGAACUCAUGCGAGAAGUGACACACUACAAGGAUCUUGCUGACCAGAUCAACAACACAGCAUGCAAGGAAGAACUUGGAAUGUUUGAAGUUCACUCCCAUGAGCUGUUACAGUCUCUUGCCAAGUGUGCUCAGGAGCUGCAAAACAACCUGGUGUCAAAGAUGCUGCGAGACUAUCAAGAAUUCAACAAAAAGCUUUCUGCUGAAUAUGAAGCAGUUGCAGAGAAGGCACUGAGCACACCACCUGACACAUACAAACUGAUGGAACUUAAGGCCUAUGUAAACAAGGUGAAGACCACAGAGAUGCCACUGUUGGAAGACAAACUCACCGAUUGCGACAGAUGUUUGUGUUUCUUGAUGGGCUUUGUCACCUUCUCUGAAUCAGAUUUGGAAUUUAAUGUGCAGCCCAUUAAACGGCACAUGCGCAUGCCAUCUAUCUUUGAGCAACAUCAACAGAUUGUCAAUCAGAAGACAGAGCAGUAUCAGAGUGCCCUUGAGUUUUCACGUGAGCGCUUUAUUAAUGAGCUGAAGACAUACGAAAAACAGGUGGAGGAGUUUUGCAACUUUGGUGAACUGUCACAUCUCAGCAGAUACUUGAAGAAAGCCCAGGACAUCAAUGCCAAAUUGGAGUUGGCAAUGGAAAAGAUCAAUGAUAUUAACCAGGAGGAGGAGGUCUAUGGUUGGCCUGUUUCCCAGUACCCACAGCGCAAGAAAAUCCAGAACAGGCUUUCACCUUUCUUACACCUCUAUGAAACAGCUUCUGAUUUUCAGAACAAGCGCAAGCAGUGGCUCCAUGGGCCGCUGUCUGGUGUCAACUCAGACAUGGUAGAGGAGGAUAUUGGCAGCAUUUGGCGCUUGUUAUACAAGCUGGAAAAAGAUUUCAGUGAUGUGCCUACGGCCCUGAACAUAGCAAGUAGUGUAAAGGCAAAGGUGGAAAACUUCAAAGAACACAUCCCACUGUUGCAGGUUCUGUGCAACCCAGGCCUGCGCGACCGCCACUGGGAGGCUCUGUCAGAGGUUGUAGGCUUCUCUUUGCAUCCAGGACAUAACCAGGACUGCAUGUCUCACUUCUUAUCCAUGAAGUUGGAAGAGCACCUGAGCAGCUUUGAAGUCAUCAGUGAAGCAGCUAGCAAGGAGUUCUCUCUUGAAAAGGCCAUAGAGAAAAUGAUCAGUGAAUGGAGUAACAUGAAAUUAAACAUCGUAGACUACCGAGAGACCGGGACCACCAUCCUGUCCUCGUUGGACGAUGUGCAGAUGUUAAUGGACGAUCACAUUGUGAAAACACAAACCAUGAGGGGCUCACCCUUCAUCAAACCUUUAGAGGUAGAGAUAAGAGAAUGGGAGGGCAAAUUGCUGCUCCUCCAAGAGAUUCUGGAUGAGUGGUUGAAGGUGCAGUCCACUUGGUUGUACCUGGAGCCCAUAUUCAGCUCCCCAGAUAUCAUGGCUAAGAUGCCUGAGGAUGGACGUCGGUAUAUAGCUGUUGAAAAAACCUGGAGGGAGAUAAUGAAACAAGUUUCCCUGGACAAGCAUGUGUUGGCAGUGAUAGCCAUUGACCAGAUGCUAGAGAAACUAAAAAAGGCCAAUGAACUUUUGGAGAUGAUCCUCAAAGGUCUUAACAACUACCUGGAGAAGAAGCGUCUCUUUUUCCCGCGGUUCUUCUUCCUUUCUAAUGAUGAGUUACUGGAUAUCCUUUCUCAAACCAAAGACCCCACAAGUGUGCAGCCCCAUCUGAAGAAGUGCUUUGAGGGAAUUGCUAAAGUUGUGUUCACUGAUGUGCUGGACAUCACCCAUAUGGAGAGCAGUGAGGGUGAAAUGGUGCAGUUGCUGGAUAUAGUUUCCACCUCCAAAGCAAGAGGCCAGGUUGAGCAGUGGCUUCUGGAACUAGAGAACGGGAUGAUUGCCUCCCUGCACAAGGUGAUUGUAGAGGCAAUAGAGGCAUAUCCAAAGGAUUUGAGGAUAAACUGGGUGCGUGCUUGGCCAGGUCAGGCUGUUCUGUGUGUCUCACAGGUCUACUGGACCAAGAAUAUCCAUGAAGCAAUAGCUUCAGGACAAAAGGCCCUAAAUGACUACCUGCAACAGAACAACCAACAGAUUGAUGACAUUGUGACACUUGUACGUGGCAAGCUGUCCAAGCAGAAUCGGGUGACUCUUGGAGCUUUGGUUGUGCUGGACGUCCAUGCGAGAGAUGUGCUGGCCACAUUUGUCCAAAAGAACAUAAGUGACGAGAAUGACUUUGAGUGGCUCAGUCAAUUGCGCUACUACUGGGUGGAGAACCACCUCCAGACCAAAAUGAUUAAUGCUGGUUUACCAUAUGGCUAUGAGUAUCUGGGCAACAGUCCACGUCUGGUCAUUACCCCACUCACUGAUCGUUGCUACCGCACUUUGUUUGGAGCCCUCCAUCUACAUUUAGGAGGGGCCCCUGAAGGUCCUGCUGGCACAGGAAAAACUGAGACAACUAAAGAUUUGGCCAAAGCUGUUGCUAAGCAGUGUGUGGUCUUUAAUUGCUCUGAUGGACUGGACUACAUUGCUCUCGGCAAAUUCUUUAAAGGUCUUUUGUCCUGUGGAGCAUGGGCCUGCUUUGAUGAAUUCAACCGCAUUGACUUAGAGGUGCUGUCUGUGGUGGCUCAACAGAUUCUCACCAUACAGAGAGGGAUUGCUGCCAAAACUGAGAUGUUAAUGUUUGAAGGGACCAAACUAAAACUCGACCCCUCCUGUGCUGUGUUCAUUACCAUGAAUCCAGGCUAUGCUGGACGCUCCGAGUUACCAGACAACCUUAAGGCUCUGUUCAGGACUGUGGCAAUGAUGGUGCCAGACUAUGCAGUGAUCGCAGAGAUUGUGCUCUACUCGUGUGGAUUUGUAACAGCAAGGCCCCUGUCUGUAAAAAUCGUGGCUACCUAUCGACUAUGUUCUGAGCAGCUGUCUUCACAACAUCAUUACGACUAUGGAAUGAGGGCUGUCAAGUCUGUGCUGACUGCUGCCGGAAACCUCAAGCUGAGUUUUCCAGAGGAUAAUGAAGACACCCUGUUGCUGCGAUCCAUUAUUGAUGUCAAUCUACCUAAAUUCUUGGCACACGACCUAAAGCUGUUUGAGGGUAUUACGUCUGAUCUCUUCCCGGGGAUCCAACUUCCACAACGAGACUACCAUGUUCUUCUGGAGGCUAUUAAAGAAAACUGCGACCGCAUGAAUCUACAAGUUACUGAUUUCUUUGUUGAGAAGAUCUUGCAGAUCUACGAGAUGAUGAUUGUGCGGCAUGGCUUUAUGUUGGUGGGCGAGCCCUUUGGAGGCAAGACCAGUGCUUACCGUGUACUGGCAGCAGCUCUUCAUGAUGUCUGUGAAAAGGGUCUGAUGGAAGAGAACAAGGUACAGACCACAGUCAUCAACCCUAAAUCCAUCACCAUGGGCCAACUGUACGGCCAGUUUGAUCCCAUUUCUCAUGAGUGGUCUGAUGGCAUCCUUGCAGUCAGUUACAGAGCCUUCGCCUCUUCCCAGACUCCAGACAGAAAGUGGCUCAUCUUUGAUGGCCCAGUGGACGCGGUGUGGAUUGAGAAUAUGAAUACUGUACUGGACGACAACAAGAAGCUGUGUUUGAUGAGCGGUGAGAUCAUUCAGAUGUCACCACAAAUGAGCCUCAUCUUCGAGCCCAUGGACCUGGAGGUGGCAUCACCAGCCACGGUGUCUCGCUGUGGUAUGAUCUACAUGGAGCCCCAUAUGAUGGGCUGGCAGCCCCUUAUGUUGUCCUGGCUUAAUACUCUGCCCACCACACUCUCUGCUGUGCAGAAGGACUUCAUCAUUUCCCUUUUUGAUCGAGUCUUGCCAGCCUGUCUACAGCUUGUUCGGAAGGCCACAAAGGAGCUGUCUCCAACUUCUGACACCAAUCUUGUCAAAUCCCUUAUGAAUCUGAUGGACUGUAUGAUGGAUGAAUUUCAUGAGGAAGACAAGAUGAAGCAGAUGAAAGAAAGUGAUAUUUACUCCUGGUUAGAGGGCAUCUUUGUCUUCUGUCUGGUGUGGUCAGUGGGUGCCAGCUCUGAUGACCCAGGCAGAGAAAUGUUUGAUGCUCUAGUCAGAGAAAUAAUCAAUGGCCCCUUGACUGAGGAGACCCGAACUAACCAUGGUAUUCUGGCCACAGUACAACCUCCAUCUAAAAAACUGACUGUGCCUUUACCUACUGAGGGAACAAUUUACCAGUAUCAUUUCAUUAAAGAGGGUCCUGGCAGGUGGGAGUUGUGGACACAUGAGCUGAAGUGCAUUCAACCCUUAAAAAAAGACAUGCAGUUCAAUGAGAUAAUUGUCCCCACGGAGAACACUGUGCGCUACAUGGCUCUGAUGGAACUCCUCAUCACCCAUCAAAAGCCCACGAUUUUCAUCGGCCCAACGGGUACUGGCAAGAGUGUUUACAUUACGGACUUCUUAUUGAAUUGUCUGGAGAAGAAUGUAUACAGUCCAUUAUUUAUCAACUUUUCAGCACAAAGUACAGCAGCGCAGACCCAAAACAUUAUUUUAUCCAAGCUAGACAAGCGAUGCAAAGGAAUAUUCGGGCCUCCUAUGGGGAAGAAAAUGGUUGUAUUUGUGGAUGAUGUAAACAUGCCAGCCAGAGAAGUUUAUGGUGCCCAACCCCCCGUGGAGCUUCUGCGCCAGUGGCUGGACCACUGGAAUUGGUAUGACCUGAAGGACUGCAAUAUGAUCAAACUAGUGGACAUCCAAAUAAUAUGUGCUAUGGGACCACCUGGUGGUGGGAGGAACACUAUCACACCUCGUUAUCUACGCCACUUCAACGUGAUUACCAUCAGUGAUUUUAAUGAAAACACCAUGAAGACAAUUUUUUCCAGAAUCGUAGACUGGCAUUUCACCAUACGGUACGGAUUCCCAAAAGCAUUUUCUGGUCUAACCACUCAGAUCGUUAACAGCACCAUGUCAGUGUACCAGGAGGCAUCUAAAAACCUGCUACCAACCCCAGCAAAGUCCCAUUACCUCUUCAACCUGCGUGACUUUUCCCGUGUUAUUCAGGGUGUAUGCCUGUCUCGGCCAGAGACUGCAGAUGAACCUUCUGCGAUCAAAAGACUCUGGGUGCAUGAGGUCCUGCGGGUAUAUUAUGACCGCUUAGUCCAAGACACGGACAGGACAUGGCUUGUGAACCAUUUACAGGAGGUGACUGCAACUCAUCUUAAAGAAGACUUCCAUGAACUCUUUCAUCAUCUUGACCAGGACCAAGAUGGAAAAGUCACUGACGAUGACUUGCGUAGCCUUAUGUUCUGCAAUUUUCAUGACCCUAAGGGUAACGACCGCAACUACCGUGAGGUGCACAACCUAGACCAGCUUCGACAGGUGGUGGAGUCCCACCUUGAAGAAUUCAACAACAUCAGCAAAACACCAAUGAACCUGGUUCUUUUCCGCUUUGCUAUUGAGCAUGUGUGCCGCAUUUCCCGCAUCCUAAAGCAACCGAAUGGCCAUGCCCUCCUGGUGGGAGGUGGGAGUGGACGUCAGUCCCUUACUCGGUUAGCUGCUCACAUGGCAGAAGCACAGCUUUUCCAGGUGGAAAUCAGUAAAACCUAUGGAACCACUGAAUGGCAUGAUGACUUGAAGGCAAUCAUGAAGAAAUCAACCCAGGACGAAGCUCAUGGUGUUUUCCUGUUUACAGACACGCAAAUCAAACAGGAGUCAUUCCUGGAGGACGUUGGUAACCUGCUCAACACCGGGGAGGUACCGAACCUGUUUGCAGUUGAUGAGAAGCAGGAAAUCUGUGAGCGGAUGCGUGUUUUGGACAGGCAACGUGAACGUGAAAAACAAACAGAUGGCAGCCCCUUGGCACUUUUCAACAUGUUUUUAGAUCGUUGUCGCACACAACUACAUGUUGUGUUAGCAAUGAGUCCUAUUGGAGAUACCUUUCGGAGCCGCUUGAGACGUUUUCCUGCACUCAUUAACUGCUGCACCAUUGACUGGUUCCAGAGCUGGCCUGAGGAUGCGCUGGAGGCAGUGGCCUGUCAUUUCCUGGAAGAAAUUGAGAUGACGAAUGAGAUUCGAGUGGGCUGUAUUGACAUGUGCAAGUACUUUCACACAUCAACCAUUGAGCUGUCACACCGCUUCCUAAAUGAGCUGGACCGCCACAACUAUGUCACCCCAACGUCAUACCUGGAACUCAUUUCCACCUUCAAGACCCUGCUGAAGGCAAAAAGAGGUGAGGUGAUGAAGCAGAAAUGCCGGUACGAGGUGGGCCUUGAGAAGCUGGAGGCAGCAGCUGAGGAUGUGUCCACCAUGCAAGUGCAACUCGAAGCCCUCCAGCCAGAACUGAUUGUGGCCGGUCAGGAGGUCGAUAAGAUGAUGGUGGUGAUAGAGCGAGAAUCUGCAGAUGUGGCUGAGACGGAAAAGGUGGUGAAAAAGAAUGAGGCUUUGGCCACCAAACAAGCUAUGGCUGCCAAGGUCAUCAAGGAUGAGUGUGAUGCUGAUCUGGCUGAAGCCCAACCCAUUCUGGAAUCAGCGCUGCAAGCUUUGAACACGCUCACUCCUGCGGAUAUCACAUUGGUGAAGUCAAUGAAAAAUCCACCCUCAGCUGUCAAGCUUGUGAUGGAGUCAAUCUGCAUUCUCAAAGGCAUCAAGCCGGAUCGCGUGUCUGAUCCCUUAGGUUCCGGUAAAAAGGUGUUGGAUUAUUGGGGCCCAGCCAAGAAGCUUUUGGGGGACAUGAAGUUUCUGCAGGGCCUCAAAGAAUAUGAUAAAGACAACAUCCCACCCCAGUUCAUGUCCAUCAUCCGCAGCCAAUACAUUACCAACCCAGAGUUUGUACCAGAAAAGAUUCGAACUGCAUCCGCUGCAGCUGAAGGCUUGUGCAAAUGGGUUUGUGCCAUGGAUGCUUAUGACAAAGCGGCUAAAGUGGUGGCUCCUAAAAAGGAGAAGCUGGCCAAAGCUGAGGGAAAGCUGAAUGUAGCCAUGGAGAGCCUGCAGAAAGAGCAGGCCGACCUCAAAGAAGUACAAGAUAAACUUGCAAAAUUGCAGCAGACUUUGGAUGCAAAUAAAAAGAAGAAAGCCGACCUAGAGACUGAGGUGGAUUUAUGCAAGAAGAAGCUGGAGCGAGCUGAGCAGCUAAUUGGAGGCCUUGGUGGUGAGAAAACACGUUGGCAUGACAACUCCUUUGCUCUCGGAGAGCUCUACAACAACCUGACUGGGGAUAUCCUCAUCUCAGCGGCUAUCGUAGCCUACCUGGGAGCCUUUACUUCCAGCUACAGACAGGAUCAGACAAAUGAAUGGAUGAAACUUUGCAAAAGCAAAGCGAUUCCAUGUUCAUCCAACAUGUCUCUGAUGAACUCUCUUGGUGACCAAGUUAAGAUCCGUGCAUGGACCAUCGCUGACCUGCCGUCAGACAGCUUUUCCAUAGAUAAUGGAAUCAUAAUUUCUAAUGCCAGGCGAUGGCCUCUAAUGAUCGAUCCCCAGGGCCAGGCCAACAAGUGGGUGAAAAACAUGGAGAAAGCCAACAACCUACAUGUCAUUAAACAAAGUGAUUCUGACUUCGUUCGCACACUCGAGAACUGCAUCCAGUUUGGCACUCCAGUACUACUGGAAAAUGUUGGGGAGGAGCUGGAUCCCAUCCUGCAACCUCUGCUUCUGAAACAGACUUUCAAACAGGGUGGUUCCAUGUGUAUCCAUUUGGGAGACUCAACCAUUGAAUAUUCCCCAGAUUUUCGGUUUUACAUCACCACCAAGUUACGCAACCCCCAUUAUCUGCCUGAGACCUCUGUCAAGGUGACCUUAUUGAACUUCAUGAUUACACCAGAGGGCAUCCAGGACCAGUUACUAGGCAUUGUGGUGGCCCGCGAAAGGCCUGACCUAGAGGAAGAGAAACAGGUUCUCAUUUUGCAAGGAGUAGAGAAUAAAAAACAGUUGAAGGAGACAGAGGACAAGAUGUUAGAGGUGUUCUCCUGUUGUGAAGGAAAUAUCCUGGAGGAUGAAACAGCUGUCAAAAUCAUCUCCUGCUCCAAAGUCCUUUCUAAUGAAAUCUCAGAGAAACAGGCUGUUGCUGAGGUGACGGAGAAGAUGAUUGAUGAAACUCGCAUGGGCUACACGCCCAUUGCUGUGCAUUCAGCUGUCCUGUUUUUCUCCAUUGCUGAUUUGGCAAAUAUCGAGCCAAUGUACCAGUACUCCCUGACCUGGUUUAUUAACCUUUUCAUCAAGUCCAUUGAGAACUCGGACAAAAGUGAGGACUUGGAGCAGAGACUAGCGAUCCUGAGAGACCACUUCACCUACUCCCUCUAUGUCAAUGUGUGUCGCUCACUGUUUGAGAAGGAUAAGCUGCUCUUUUCUUUCUGCCUCAGUGUCAAUCUGCUCAUACAUGACAAGCUGGUGGAUGAGUGGGAGUGGUGCUUCCUUUUGACGGGCGGUGUGGGCCUGGACAAUCAUCAUUCAAAUCCCUGCAGUUGGCUUCCCAAGAAAUCCUGGGAUGAAAUUUGUCGCCUGGAUGAGAUGGACAAUUUCAAAGGCCUGCGUGAUGACUUUGUUCACCUCAGAGAUGACUGGAAGGUGGUCUACGACAGUAUGAGCCCCCAUCAGAUGCCCUUCCCUGGUGAGUGGCAAGAGAAGCUUGACAAGUUUCAGAAGAUGUUGGUGAUUCGUUGUCUCAGACCAGACAAGAUCAUUCCCAUGGUGCAGGAAUUUGUUUCUGAAAAUUUGGGUCGCCCUUUCAUCGAAGCUCCAGCUUUCAACCUGAGUAAGGCCUUUGUUGACAGCCACUGCUGUGCCCCUCUUAUUUUCAUCCUCUCCCCCGGCUCCGACCCCAUGGCUGCUUUGCUCAAGUUUGGAGCUGAAAAGGGCUUUACCGGUGACAGGUUGACCUCCCUCUCUCUGGGCCAAGGCCAGGGUCCAAUUGCUAUGCAAAUGAUUGAGACAGGCAUUAAAGAGGGCACCUGGGUGGUCCUCCAGAACUGCCACUUGGCUACGUCUUGGAUGCCCACACUGGAGAGAGUCUGUGAGGAGCUGACGGUAGACACAACACACCCAGACUUCAGGCUGUGGCUGACGAGUUACCCGUCUCCCACCUUCCCUGUGGCAGUGUUGCAGAAUGGUGUGAAGAUGACCAAUGAAGCACCCAAAGGCCUCCGUGCAAACAUUAUACGGUCCUUUCAAAUGGACCCUAUUUCAGAUCCCGAGUUCUUUGGCAGCUGCAGCAAAGCAGCUGUGUUCAAGAGACUGCUGUAUGGCCUGUGUUUCUUCCAUGCCCUGAUCCAGGAGAGGAAGAAGUUUGGACCUUUGGGAUGGAACAUCCCAUAUGAGUUCAAUGAGACCGACCUUCGGAUCUCUGUACAGCAGCUACACAUGUUCCUGGGACAAUACCAGGAAGUGCCAUUUGAUGCCAUCCGCUAUAUGACUGGUGAAUGUAACUAUGGAGGCCGUGUGACAGAUGACUGGGACAGACGCACACUGCGCACGAUCCUCUCUAUUUUCUACACACCUGAGAUCCUUAACAUCCUGGACUACAAGUUUGAUACCAGUGGGCUCUACUACGCACCAGCUGAGGGCGAUUACGACAGCUAUAUCGAAUACACCAAAUCGCUGCCACUCAACCCAUCGCCAGAGAUUUUCGGCAUGAAUGCCAAUGCAGAUAUUACCAAAGAUCAAGCUGAGACACAGCUGCUGUUUGACAGCAUCCUGCUCACACAGUCCCAUUCAUCACGCUCAGAUGCCAAAUCCCCAGAUGACAUGGUCUUUGAUGUGGCAGCCGACAUCUUGAGCAAGCUUCCUCAGGACUACGACUUGGAGGCGGUGAUGCGGUGCUUUCCCACCAGCUACCAUCAGAGCAUGAACACCGUGCUGGUGCAGGAGAUGGGUCGCUUCAACACACUGCUCCAGACCAUCCGAGAGUCCUCCAUUAACAUUCAGAAGGCCACAAAGGGGCUGGUGGUGAUGUCUGCCGAGCUGGAAGAAGUGGUCAACAGCAUCUUGAAGGGUCGUGUCCCAGGCAUGUGGAUGAAGAAGUCCUACCCCAGCCUCAAACCCCUGGGCAGCUACGUCAGCGACUUCUUAGAACGACUCCAAUUCUUACAGGACUGGUACGAUAAGGGGACGCCGGCAGUUUUCUGGCUGUCAGGAUUCUACUUCACCCAGGCAUUUCUAACGGGCUCACAGCAAAACUAUGCCAGGAAACACACCAUCCAGAUUGACGCACUAAGUUUCGACUUUGAGGUGCUGGAAGAUAAGCAGUACAACGCGCCUCCAGAGGAUGGUGUGUACAUUCGAGGACUUUUCCUUGAUGGUGCCCGCUGGGACAGAGAGACCAAACGGCUUGCGGAAUCUUUUCCCAAAGUGCUGCACGACACCAUGCCUGUGAUGUGGUUGAAGCCGAUCAGACAAGAGGACAUUCCUCAGAAGCUGUGUUACGUGUCACCUGUCUACAAGACCAGUGAGCGGCGCGGCACGCUGUCCACCACCGGACACUCCACCAAUUACGUCAUUUCCAUGACACUUCACACCGACGUGCCUGCUGAGCACUGGAUCAGACGGGGCGUGGCCCUGCUCUGCCAACUUAGUUCUUAAUAGUAGUUU